AUGCCCACACUCCACGAUGCCGCAAGAGAAGGGGACUGGGCCCUCGUAGAUAGGCUGUUGCGCAUGGGCGGUGCCGACAUCAACGAAUUGCGCGUUAUUGAACCGGAUGAUGAUUUAACGGAUAUUUUCGAUGUGAUCAAUAUGAUGCCACUUUGUGAAAAAAAGACUGCGUUGCAUUUUGCCUGUGACGCUGGAAAUUUGAAAGUUGCCCGGCUACUGUUGGAUCGAGGUGCUGAUGUGAAUGCAAAGUGCUCUCAUGAUGAGACACCACUGAAUUGUGCAUGUAGAUGGCAUCAUCUUGCGAUUGUCCAGCUUUUGUUGGACAAUGGCGCUGAUUUGGAAGCAAGGAGCAAGAAUAAUGGAUGGACGCCACUGGAUUUGGCCUCGUGCAAGAAAGCAUGGGAAGGAACACGGCUUCUGUUGGAUCGAGGUGCAGAUUUGAACGCCAAAAAUGACGACGGAAGUGCACCCCUGCACAACGUCUGUCGCAAUAAUGAUCUUGAUAGUGUACGGCUUUUCAUAGAACGGGGAGUGGAAGUGAACAUAAUCAAUAUAGGGAAUGAGACGCCAUUACGUUUUGCCUGUGAGCAUCAAAACUUGGAGAUUUUGCGGCUAUUAUUGAAGGGGGGUGCUAACAUCGAGAUGAAAUUUGACGAUGACAACACACAUUUGCAUUACAUUUGCUUCGAAGGAUAUCUCGAAAGUGCUAGAUUCCUAUUGGACAAUGGUGCCAGCUUGGAAGCAAGGGGAUGUUUUGGUCAGACUCCACUGGGCAAUGCAUGUGCCAAUGGACAAAUGGAAGUUGUUGGACUGUUGAUUGACAGAGGGGCUAAUGUUGAAGCAAAAGAUAAAGAGGCACAUACUCCGUUCAUGGUUGCAUGUACCUUGGGACAGAUAGAGGUCGCAGAGUUUUUGCUCGAGCGACACGCAUCUGUGGACGCAACGGAUUUAGGAGGAUAUACUGCAUUAUUGCAUGCAUGUAAAAACUACAAUGAUAAGGUUACGCGUUUCUUGGUCGAUGCCGGUGCUAAUGUUAAUGCAAAGGAGGAUGAAUGGGGUUGGACACCACUGCAUUUCGCAAGUAAAAAGGGCAGUGCCGAUAUUGUGCGAUUGUUACUGGAUAGCGGUGCGGAUAUGGAAUCACAAGGACGAGACAAAUUCACCCCUUUGCACACAGCUUGUGGGUUUGGUAAUUUCGCAGUUGUCCGACUCCUCUUGGACAGCAAUGCAAAUUUGGAAGCUCGGACUGCUGUUGGGUGUACCCCACUGCAUCUCGCAUGUGCAUAUGCAAGCCUGAAAAUUGUGCGUUUGUUGUUGGAUCGAGGGGCGAAUGUCCAGGCCACGACAGCGGGCGGCAUGACCCCUUUAGUACUUGCAGCUGCACAUGGUUCACAUCAAGUCGUUUCGAUGUUGCUACAACAUUCUCCCUGGCUGAUCAUAGGUAGUCCCAACGAUCAAGUGGCUUCACGAAUUUAG